ACACUAUUCUAGAGGCCGCGGGGACGCCUGGUGGGUAGGACUGCAGCUCCGGAGCCUACGGGAGUGUGACCGUCUCGCCUCCUGGCGGGAAGCUCUUGAGGAGAUAUUUUCUUUUCUAAACACUAAGAAAUUUGAGGAUGGUGGGGCAAAACGACUAACUCCCACUUUCCUGUGACUCUGUAGCCGGAAAAACUGUCAAAAUCUGUGUAGAGAAGGGGUUUCACCGUGUUAGCCAGGAUGGUCUCGAUCUCCUGACCUCGUGAUCCACCGGCCUCAGCCUCCCAAAGUGCUGAGAUUAAGGCGAUAAAUUUAUGAGACAAGAAGAAGAAUGGCAUCCAGAAUAAAUACAAAUUUCACUUUGAUUCCCAACCAGAAACUUAGACGUAGUAAUCGUCAAAGCAGCUGUUAUUCCAAGACCCUUGGCUCAGGCUUUCAACCCAUAUCAACAUUUGGAAAUUUUAAAGCCUUACCAUUGGAAAUAUUCCAGAUAAUUUUAAAAUAUUUGUCAGUGAAGGAUAUCAGCAUGCUAAGCAUGGUGUCCAAAACAGUCAGCCAACACAUUAUUAAUUAUAUCUCAACCUCAUCAGGAAGCAAAAGACUUUUACUACAGGACUUUCAUAACCUUGAGCUGCCUGACAGGAGACAAGACUCUGCUAUACUGGAGCACUACAGAUCUCUAGGUCUACUGUUUAAAAGAUGCACAUUGCUGCUACCCACCAAGGAAAGGCUAAAAUACAUUCACAAGAUACUCACAGAAGUUUCCUGCUUUAAAUUCAAUGGCUGUGCAGCUCCUAUGCAGUGUUUAGGAUUAACAUGUUAUGGCAUGUUUUUACAGACCUUAACAGCAGGUUGGGAUGAACUUGAGUGCCAUCGCGUUUAUAAUUUCUUAUGCGAACUGACUAAUCUCUGCCGCAAGAUGCAAAUGGCUGUCUGCAGCAAACCAGGAAGUGCCCGAAAACUGGAGUUAAGAAUCAGGCUCUUCUGUAGGAAUGUCCUCCUUGAUCAUUGGACACAUCGAAGUGAUUCUGCUUUUUGGUUGACACGAAUAUUAAAACCAUGGCCAAUGGUGAAUCAGGCAAGAUUACUGUAUAUCAUCUUUGGGCCAAUAUCUCCUCAAGAUGGACAGGUGGUUUGGCAGGAAAUGAUAGAAGAACCUACAGAUGAAUUCAGUCUGAAAGGUUUGGCUGAUGCCAUUAAGUUACUAUAUGACGCUAGCACUAAAGAGUGGACAGCAGAUGAUGUUAUCAGUCUUGUAGAUGAACUAUCAGUGGUUCCCCGUGAGUGGCUUCUAGAGAAUAAUGCACGUCUCCUAAUGCUAAGUGGAAACAACAUCUGUUUCAGUUUCAUGGCUAGUAAAGCUGUGAAUGGAAGGACCAUUGAACUGGCAAGGCUCGUAGUCUUUUUGGCUUUGGUGUGUGAGAAAGAACUGUACUGCAUGGAUUGGACAGUUAAAAUGAUGCAAAAAGUCUGCAAAGUCUUUAGCACUCCAGUAGAAAGAAAGAACUUCCUGCAGAAUGUGGCAAAUGCAUUUGCAUGUGUUAUAAUGGAAAUGCUGCAAUCAAUUAUGUCUGGAGACCGUGAUGAAGAUGACAGAAGCUUUUUGAAUUUGUUCCAUCUUGUACAUGCUCAGGCUAACUUCCAUAAGGAGGUCCUGUAUUUGACCAUGAAUACUCCUUUGUCUACCUAAAUCCUCAGAAAGCCUUGCCUUUAGAGAACGUCACUGAACGAGUGAUUAGAGGAGUGCUACUUUUUCACUCAAAAAAUAGCAUCCAUGGGACUUUUUAUCAUCUAAGUAACCUAAGAAUUCAAAAGCUGGAUAGAAUUUUAGAAGCAACUACAUACAUCAUUAUUAAUAUAAAAAUAACAGGCAGACUCAAGAAUGUACCGAGAUUUCUCUGGAAAACAAGCUCUGCCUCUCCAGGUUUUAGUCAACCUAACACCAAACCAAAAUAGAAUGUUAGCUGUUCAAGAAUCUGGGACCAGCCAACCUGUAUGUAUGCAUUUUUGAAGCAAGAGAAAAUUCCAUUUUAUAGUUAGACCCAAAUUCACUAAAUAGUGUGUGUAUGUUCACUUUGUUUAAGUUGUAUAGACAUAGCCCAGAAUGUUUUGUGAAGAUUUGCAAUAUGGUGUUUUGGAAUGUGUAGAAUACAAAUCAUAGUUUUUACUACCUUCUUGGCAUAUGCUUACAAAGAACAUUAUAUUUUGUUCAUGUUUUACAUGAACUAAUGGAUAAAAAACAAAGUAUACAUAUAUGUCUAUAUAUAUAUAUAGACACACACACACAGAGACAUAUAUUUCCUUCUUUAAGAUAAUCAUACAAAAGGUCUAUACAUACAGGAAGGUAUAUAUUGUCUCAAUGCAAUCAAAUCAUCUUUUACUGGGGAUUCAAAUAAAAUGUAGCAAAUAAGAGAAAAAUAAAAUGAAAGAAAAUAGCUAUUCUGCUGCCAGAAUAAUCUUUACAAAUAGUUUUUACUUCUUCCUAAAGCUUUUCUCCCUAUCUUAAAAAGUGAGAUUUGUCUGGGCACAGUGGCUCACACCUGUAAUCCCAGCAAUUUUGGAGGCUGAGGCAGGAGGAUCCCUUGAGUCCAGGAGUUGGAGGCUGCAGUGAGUUAUGAUUGUACCAUUGCACUCCAGCCUGGUGACAGAGUGAGACCCUGUUUCUAAACAAAACAAAACAAAACAAAAUAAA